GUGGCAGUGCUGUUUGUUGCUAGAUUGUCUUUGGUGGUCGUUGGUUGUCUAUGCUGAACUUUAUGUUUCGAAAGAAGUGUGAUCUAAGAAACGUCGCAGGUGAUUAAACAUAGAGAAGAAAAGUGCAAUUUUAAUUCUUGUGUCAGUGUAUCUUUGGCAGUGAAGAUGAAGUUGCUGUAUUUAACAGUGCUUGGACUAAUCUGCGUUUCACUUGGAGUUAAUUCAUACUUACUGGGUGCCAAAGAAUGCACUUGGGGACCAUCGUAUUGGUGUCAGAAUAUUACGCAUGCUAAAUCAUGUGGAGCUGUGAAACAUUGUAUCCAGACAGUGUGGGAGCAUCAGAAACUGCCCCCGGAUGAUGAUGAUGUCUGCAAGAUCUGUUUGGAAAUGGUGAAGGAGGCUCGAGAUCAACUGGAGAGCAAUGAAACACAGGAAGAACUGAAGGAAGUGUUCGAGGGUUCAUGCAAGCUCAUCCCCGUUAAGGUUGUCUCUGAAGCAUGUUGCAAGGUGGCUGAUGAAUUUAUUCCUGAGUUAGUGGAAACUUUGGCCUCACAAAUGAACCCUCAAGUUGUGUGUUCAGUGGCUGGCCUGUGUAACAGUGCUUGGGUUGACAAACAGCUGGAAGAAAACAGGCUAGAAGAAGGGUUGAUUAAAGCAACUCCACUGCAAGAGGCAACAGAUGUGAAUGACUGUUCUGGUUGCAAAGUAGUUAUUAAUGCACUGGAGAAGAGAAUGGAAACCAUGUCACGAGAUGAACUGCUUAAUAAUAUGCUGCGGGCAUGUGGACGUAUUGGAAGCCUCUCAGAUGGCUGUUCAGCAAUCAUCAUCACUUACUUCACUGAAAUCUAUGACUUCCUGCAGAGGAAUUUCAAGUCAGGUGAUGUGUGCCAUGUGGCAGGUGUUUGUUCUGCAACAUUCCACAAGCACAGGCCCGUACUGAAGAACAUUGAAGUAGUCCAUGAGUCUGAUAUUGGAGUAGUGAAGCCCAAAGAUGAUUUGCCAUGCGAAUUCUGUGAACAGCUUGUUAUUCACCUCCGCGAUGUCCUCGUUGCAAAUACCACUGAGGAGGAAUUUGAAGAAAUCCUGAAAGGCCUGUGCAAGCAGACUCGCUCAUUUAAAGAUGAAUGUCUUAGCAUUGUGAAUGAAUACUAUGCAGAAAUAUAUGAGUUUUUGGUGAAGGAGUUGAAUGCCAAAGAAACAUGCCAAGUGUUUGGACUUUGCACUUCACCUGAAGCGAAAGGAAAGCAAGGUCCCAUCUGGCCACUUCUUCCUGCCCAGACUGCAGAAAGACUUGAGGCCUCUCAUUUGAGUGUUGCGCAAACCGGUGAUAAAGUGAAGGCCACACUUUUGACACCUGCUCAGCCUGUGGGCUCUAUCAUUACUGCAACUCGUAUGACCUCUGUCGACGAUAAGGCCACAGGCUUUCAUAGGGUUCCUAUUGGUGAUAAUGGAGGUGUUGUGAGAGUAGCAGAUGUGCAGAAUGCGCAGCUCCCAGUUGAUAGAAUGCUGCCUCAAACCGUAAUGUAUGUCAGCAACAAAGAAGAGUGUGUUUUCUGCCAGUAUUUCCUGCAUUAUGUGCAACAAGCUAUUACAGAUCCCAAAACUGAGGCACAAAUAGAGAAGGUGGUGGCAGAAGCUUGUGAUCACCUGCCUGAUGCCAUUCAAGGCCAGUGUCAUGAGUUUGUUGAAACAUAUGGCAAUGCUUUUAUGGCUCUCCUGGCACAAGAGAUUGACCCCUCAGUGAUCUGCCCACAGCUUGGUUUGUGCCCCUCUGCUGAAGGUUUUGUGGCCCUGGAUGCAACUCAUGUAGUGAAUGACAAGCCAACCUGUCCCUUGUGUCUGCUAGCCACCCAAAGUAUUAUCGAAAAACUUAGAAACAAUAAGACUGAGGAAGAAAUAAGGAAGGAGCUAGAUGUCCUGUGUGAUGAUUUACCAAGAUCCAUAGCUGGAGAAUGCCGAGAUUUUGUAGAAAAAUAUGAAGAACAGUUGGUGGACAUGCUGAUUGCUGAUUUCACACCAAAGGAAAUCUGUACUUACCUUAAACUCUGCGAUCCAGUUGAGAAGAUAAAAGUAACUGCACCAGCUCCAGAUAUCUUGACUAAUGAGAUUCCACAGUUUCCAUUAAAACAUAAGAAUAAUAUGAGGAAGAAAGUAGCAAAGGUUUCUGUGAAAGAUUCGACACUUUGUGUGGUGUGUGAAUUUGCCCUCUCAAAGAUUGAUGAAGAGCUGAAAGAUGAUGCCACAGAGGAAGAAAUUAAGGCGUAUGUUGAAAAUGUAUGUAACAUACUCCCCAGAACUGUGGUCUCCCAAUGUAGAGAAUUUAUUGAACAGUAUGGCGACGUGGUGAUUGCCUUGCUUGCACAGUCUCUCGACCCCAAGACAGUCUGUACGGAAAUUAAGGCUUGCAGUGGAUCUAAAGUGAAACAUUCUGUUCUGAUUGAAUCAGUGAAGAAGUCUGUAAGGGAGUGUGCUGUAUGUGAGGCAUCAAUGGCAGCUUUUGAUGAGCUUCUUGGGGACCCCAGCUUGCAGAAGGAUGUGGAACAAUUGCUGAAGAAAGUUUGUCCCAAGCUUCCUGCAAAGGAUCAAGCUGAUUGCAACAAAUUGAUAAAUGUUUAUGGCCCAAGCAUCAUGAACUUGAUAUCUCAAGUAGCAGAUCCACAAUUGGUGUGUUUGGAGAUUGGUGUGUGCAGAUGGGAGAAGCAGACUGUGCAUUUGCUUGGAGGCAAGAAGUGUGUCUGGGGACCAGGUUACUGGUGUCAGUCUGUAGCUCAUGCUAAAGCUUGUGAUGCUCUGGAGCAUUGCCAGGAGAGAGUAUGGAAAGCAAAGAAACCAGUGAAGCAUGUCGACAACUAACCGAAUUCAUGCUGAGGAAGAACUGUGGAGCCAAGAGGUGAUCACUGCUGAGAAGCAAAUUAUUUUUGCAAUUUCAAACUGUAGUAAAUCGUACUGAUUAAUAAUAUUAAUGUCACCAGUUUGUUAGUAAUGGUAUUGUUUAGCAUGAGUACAACCAGCAACUGAAAGAAUUUUCCUUUAUCUAAAUUGAAGCCCUUGUAAACUUGACUUAAUUAUAACAAAAGAUUGUCCUAUGAUUUGCAGCAGAGUGAAAAGACAUGGGUACUGUGAUAUUGCAAUAAGGACUGAUUGGUUGUAGUAAUAAAAGUGACAAAGGUAGGAGUGUGUGUGUUUUUCCAAUAACAUUUAGAGUACACCAUAUUUUUCUUAGUUACUGUGUGUAUAUAAAUAUAUAGAUACUUUAGUUCAUAUUACAGUCAGAACCAGUUUAAAAUUGUUACUUCUGUGUGUGUAUUAAUGUACAUUCAUAAAAACAAAAGGCAUGCCAUAUAAAAGA